AUGGUUGGUGAUCUUUACUUGAACAGCUUUCUUCUGAAUAAGAUAAUAGACGUCCUACUCUAUGUGGAUCGGUUAGACGCAUACAGAGUUGAUAACCUGGACAAGGAGGUUGUGAGAGCCAUUACCAACAGUUUUGGCAAACGAAUCUGGAAUCGAGCUUUAGAAUAUGUUAUUCUGAAUGGAAUUGCUUGGAUUUCUUAUUUAGUUGAAAAAAUCACGGAAGUGGCGUUGAAUGGAAGCAAGUCUAUUUUUGUUGAUACGAAGUUGAUUGAAGGGCCAAACCCCAAUGAGAGGGGUAAGACCUUCAUUCCUUUGAUUUUAUUAAUCCAAUUCUUCUUUGCCAUUAAACCAAUUGAGCGGGCAAUCAAGACGGAUAUUGCAAGGGAGAGCAGACCUGCAUGGGAGAUGCGGGAUGCAAGUUUGUUUAGCCGCAAGUUCUGA